CGCCCGCCGCAGUGGAGAGCGCGGCCCACGUCGCCAAGUAGUGCAGGCGCAUUCGCGGCCCGACCGCCCUAGCGUGCGAAGGCGUUUGCUUGCGCUGCCGAUCACGUCAUCAUCCAACCGAAAAAGUUUUCUCUCUGACGAUGAAGCUCUCCCUGGUGCUGGUGUUGGCGCUGGCCUGCCUCGCGGCCGCCGGGCCCCACUCCGGGGCCAACGGUGACUCCGGGCCCCUCCACCACAGGCCCCGCCGCUUCCUGCUCGGCUGGGACGCCGCCGACUCUUUCUUCCACAACGUCGCCGCCGAGGUGCACCGGGCCUGGGCCGCGUCGGCCAGGUGGAUCAGGCACUUGGUGUUCUGGGCGCGCCACCACCCCGAGAGCAGCACAGUGUACCGCUUGCGGGUGCCCCACGGCGGCGGCGUCGUGGCGGUCAUCAACGCCGGCGGCCAGAACGGAGGCGAGCACCACCAGCACGGCGAGCACCACCAGCACGGUGACAAACCCCACCGCCACCACAGCGCCCUUGUCUGGGACGGUAAGAAGCUGUCCUGGCAGCACUCCGACGUCCACAGCAAGAACGACAAGACGGCCUCGGGCAAGUUCGUCACCGUGGCGCACGCGGGCGUCACGCAGAAGCUGCCGCUCGCCCUGCUCGCCAAGUACCUCUCGCACGUGCCCGCCGGCAGCCACAUCAACGUGGACAUCCGGGGCUCGUCCUGGCACAACCUGCGGAUCGUGCUGCGCGUCAUCGGCCGCCACGGCGAGAACAAGAAGAAGAGCGUGUCUGUGCUGCUGUCCACCGUGCUGAAGCACAUCAAGGAGCACCUCAAGCACCACAAGUCCUCCGAGGCCCACUCCAAGAAGGCGUCCAAGAAGUCGUCCAAGCUGCGCUGGGACGGCCACCAGCUGCAGUGGGCUGGCGUCCACCUCGGCGGCAAGCACGUCCGCCGCCAGCUCCGCGUCACGCAGGGUGGCGUGUCGCAGGUCGUGCCGUUCUCCGUGCUCGCCAAGCACCUCAAGACCAUCCCCGCCAACAGCGACAUCAGCUUCGAGAUCACCGGGCACACGCUGAAGGACCUGCGCGUGCUGCUCCACGUCCACAACGUCCACGGCGUCAAGAAGCACACCAUCUCGCUGCUCGUGUCCAAGCUUGUCAAGGAGGCCGAGGCCAGCAAGCACGGCGCCUCCGCUAAGAAGAGCGGCCCGGUGCUGGCCCGCGUCGAGCUCAAGCACCCCAAGAAAAGCAAUGAGGGCAAGAAGAAGUACACCGAGUCCGUGCCCGUCGCGCAGGCUCAGCAGGUUUGAGACACGCCACUGUUACUCGUGUCACUUGAUGAGAGUAUUUUUUAACGCUACAUGAGUGCUGACAAUACUUUUUAAGACUAAUGAUGAAGAAUAAAUGAUUUUCUCUCAG